AUGGAUCUCAAGUAUAUUGUAAACAGAAGCACAUCAAGCCUCAGAAAACUUGAUGAGCUUGGCUGUGAUUUAGAAUCCCUCUUCUUUAUAGCAAAAGAUCUAUUUUCAAUUGUAGACGACCUUGGCCUAACCUCAAAGCAAGCUUCAGAAUUUUUCUUUCGAAUAAAAAAUGCUUAUAAUUCUUCCCAAGGAAAACAAGUGGAUUCUGAUCUAACUACAUACGAAAAUCACAAUACAAGCCCUAGCCGACUUAGCAUAGAAAAUAAGUCUACAGGCAAGACAAUUUUCUUCAGACUAGUGGCUGAACAGCCUUCUGCAGAGAAAAUUGCGACUCUAUUUAAAUGUGAAAGCUGUGAAGAUGAGCAGCCAAUAAAGAGGGUUGAUAUAAAAUCGCAUAUAGUGUCGAAGCAUGAUGGGCUAAACUAG